UGGGCAUGUUCCGGCUGCUGCGCUGGCGUCUGGGCCGAACCCUGCUGCGGGCCGCGGGCCGGCGGUGCGGAGGCUGCGCCGCGCGCCUGCUGCCGGAGCGGACUGGCGACACGGGGCCGGGCGCCGAGGGGCGGCCGAGCCGAGGCACGUCGGCGCGGGGGCAGCGACUGCUGCCGCUGUUGGCAGCGCUCGCCUGGUUCUCGCGGCCCGCAGCGGCGGGGGAGCAUCCGGGAGAGGACGCGGCAGACGAGGCGGAGGCUGAGAUCAUCCAGCUGUUGAAGCGAGCUAAGUUGAGCAUCAUGAAAGAUGAGCCAGAAGCGGCGGAGCUAAUUUUACAUGAUGCUCUUCGCCUAGCGUUUCAAAGUGACAACAAGAAAGCCAUCUCUUACACUUAUGACUUGAUGGCCAACUUAGCAUUUAUACGAGGGCAGCUUGAAAAUGCAGAACAACUUUUUAAAGCAACAAUGAGUUACCUUCUUGGAGGAGGCAUGAAGCAGGAGGACAAUGCAAUAAUUGAAAUCUCUCUGAAGCUGGCCAGUAUCUAUGCUGCUCAGGAUAAACAGGAAUUUGCCCUUGCUGGCUAUGAAUUCUGCAUUUCGACUCUAGAGGAAAAAAUUGAAAGAGAAAAGGAAUUAGCAGAAGAUAUUAUGUCAGCGGAAGAGAAAGCCAAUACCUACCUCCUCCUUGGCAUGUGCUUAGAUUCUUGUGCACGCUACCUGCUCUUCUCCAAGCAGCUAUCACAGGCACAAAGGAUGUAUGAAAAAGCCCUGCAGAUUUGUCAAGAAAUACAAGGAGAAAGACACCCCCAGACCAUUGUGCUGAUGAGUGACUUGGCUACUACUCUAGAUGCACAGGGCCACUUUGAUGAUGCCUACAUUUAUAUGCAGAAGGCGUCAGAUCUGGCGAGAGAGAUAAAUCACCCUGAGCUGCACAUGGUGCUCAGCAAUCUGGCUGCCAUCUUGAUACACAGAGAACGAUACACACAAGCAAAGGAGAUCUACCAGGAAGCACUGAAGCAAGCAGAGCUGAAAAGAGACGAGGUUUCUGUGCAGCACAUCAGGCAAGAAUUGGCUGAGCUGUCAAGAAAAAGUAGACUUUUGACUUAAUUCUGUUAAACUAUCCUGACAGAUGGCCAUUUGCCUGGGGAAAAGACAAUUUUUCUGGGUGCCAUGAAGGAACACUUGUGGUAUUGGCAUCCCCAUGAAGGUGGGCAACGUGAGUAGGACUGGCCAAUGGACAUUGGUUCAUAUGCUUGUACUGGGAGAAUCUUUAUAAAUAAACUAGAAACUACACAAUA